UGCUCUGCGGGUGGGCAUGAGUGGGGUGUCCCGGGCAUGAGUGGGGACCUGGGAUCCGGGGGGCCUCGGUGCCAGGCGGCGCUCGCGGUCCUGGCAUCGCUCUGCCAAGCCAGGCCACCCCCUCUUGGGCUGGACUUGGAGACUUGUCGGAGCUUUGAGCGGCGGAUCCCGGAGAGGAGUCCCAGCGCAGCUGGCACAGGUGCCUCCGGCAGCCUCCUUGCUGUGGUGGUGAUUGUAUGUGGCGUGGCCCUGGUGGCAGUUUUUCUCUUUCUCUUUUGGAAGCUGUGCUGGCUGCCCUGGAGGAGCAAGGAGAACCCCAGUCAGUCCUGUGCAAACCUCUCCCCUGAGGCCUUCCCAAGCCCCAUCUCCCAAGGCAACAUGGCUGACAAGAUGAAGGACCCCAGUGCCCUGGGCUUCCUGGAGACGGCGGUAAAGAUCAGCCACACGUCUCCUGACAUACCAGCUGAAGUACAGAUGUCAGUCAAGGAGCACAUCAUGCGUCACACGCGACUGCAGCGCCAGACCACAGAACCAGCCUCGUCCACCAGGCACACAUCCUUCAAGCGCCACCUGCCUCGACAGAUGCACGUCUCCAGUGUAGACUAUGGCAAUGAGUUGCCACUGGCUGCAGAACAACCCACCAGCAUUGGCCGCAUCAAACCUGAACUCUACAAGCAGAAGUCUGUAGAUGGAGAAGAUGCAAAAUCCGAGGCAGCCAAGAACUGUGGGAAGAUCAACUUCAGCCUCCGUUAUGACUAUGAGAGUGAGACCUUGAUCGUCCGCAUCCUAAAGGCCUUCGACCUCCCUGCCAAGGAUUUCUGUGGCAGCUCUGACCCUUACGUCAAGAUCUACCUCCUGCCCGAUCGCAAGUGCAAGCUUCAGACCCGGGUGCAUCGGAAGACCCUGAACCCCACCUUUGAUGAGGACUUCCACUUCCCGGUCCCCUACGAAGAGCUGGCAGACCGCAAGUUGCAUCUGAGUGUUUUUGAUUUUGAUCGUUUCUCCCGCCAUGACAUGAUUGGGGAGGUCAUCUUGGACAAUCUCUUUGAGGCCUCUGACCUGUCUCGGGAAACUUCCAUCUGGAAGGACAUCCAGUAUGCCACCAGUGAAAGUGUGGAUUUGGGAGAGAUCAUGUUUUCUCUCUGCUAUUUGCCCACGGCCGGUAGGCUCACACUGACAGUGAUCAAAUGUCGGAACCUCAAGGCGAUGGAUAUCACAGGCUAUUCAGAUCCAUAUGUCAAAGUGUCACUGCUCUGUGACGGGCGGAGACUGAAGAAGAAGAAAACCACCAUAAAGAAGAACACCCUCAAUCCAGUCUACAAUGAGGCCAUCAUCUUUGACAUUCCUCCAGAGAACAUGGAUCAAGUUAGCCUGCUCAUCUCAGUGAUGGAUUAUGAUCGAGUGGGUCAUAAUGAGAUCAUAGGAGUCUGCCGAGUGGGGAUCAACGCUGAGGGUCUGGGAAGGGACCACUGGAAUGAGAUGUUGGCAUACCCUCGGAAGCCCAUCGCGCAUUGGCACUCCUUGGUGGAGGUAAAGAAAUCCUUCAAAGAGUGGCAUGGCCGAGCUGCCAGCUUCGACAGCGAGAGCUCAUGUCCGUCACCGAAACCACCUCCGACACCAUGAGUUGUCCAACUGAGCGACUCAGACCUGAGUCAGCAAACAUUCAUUUUGCACUUGUUCAAACCGUCCAAAUCCAGUGUGGCACAAGUGGCAGCAGUGGCCCUGGCACGUCUUUCUCUCUCCAGAAACUUCGCUGGGCCCUAUGUCAGUGAAGGCCCGCUGAGACACUUACUAUGUGGUCAGAUCUGUCUUAGUCUUGUCUUCCUCCCCAGGUGAUGUUUUA